GAUUUACGUUGAUAUAUUUAAAGUAGCCUAAUAUAUAUUCAUAAUAUGUUUCAUGAUCAAACUAGCGCGUGUUCUCGUUGGUUAUCUAUAUAGGCUCUUUGACACUGAGAAGCGGACGUGUCAGAGGGAGGACUGAGGUGUGCACGCCCUGCAUAACUUCACAUCGACCCCAUAUUUUUUUUUAUCAGAGCAGGAAAUGGCUAUGAGUCGCACCAGACUUAUUUUACGACUGCAAUCAUGUCGUUUUUAUUCCGGUGGACUGAGAGCGACAUAUCACCGAAACUUGGACAGGCUCGAGUUAAUGCUGCCGCCUAAAUUAAGACCUUUCUACAAUCAUCCUGUUGGGCCAAAGACUGUUUUCUUCUGGGCUCCUGUUUUUAAAUGGGGUUUAGUAGUGGCUGGUUUCUCUGACAUGACCCGGCCACCAGAAAAGCUCAGUGUCUCUCAGUCUUGUGUAAUUACUGCCACAGGGCUUAUUUGGUCAAGGUACUGCUUGGUUAUCAUUCCUAAGAACUGGGCUCUUUUUGCAGUUAACUUAUUUCUGGGCCUUUGUGGAAGCAUACAGCUCAUGAGAAUAUGGAGGUACAACCAAAAGCUCCAAAAGAAAGGAGAGGAAGUACAGCAGUCUUGAAGUGCAGCUGCCAAAAAAUGACAAAUCUGUCCUGUCAUCUGUGUGAAAUAACUUGUUAUUCUAAAUUUUAUCAAGUAAAGUUGUUACAUUGUUAUGGUAAUCAUAAUAAAGAUUUUGUUGGUUGC